GCAUUGCCGUGUCUGGUGGAGUGGAUAGCAUGGCACUAUGCUAUCUACUGAAUAGAUAUACACGAGAGAGGAACGUCGGUUUAACCGCGUUUACAAUAGAUCAUGGAUUGCGUCCGGAGAGCUCUGAAGAAGCACGGUUAGUUGGUGAAGAGUUGAAAAUAAUGGGUGUCUCCCAUGUAAUAUCACGACUCACUUGGCCACUUUCUUCAUCCGCCUUGUCCACUGAUCCUUCGCUUCCCCCAACAUCAUCAACACUCGAGACUCACGCACGCAUAAACCGUUACUCUCUACUUGCCUCUCUUCUCGCCGCCCACCGAAUAUCAAUUCUAUUUCUCGGCCAUCAUUUAAAUGAUCAAAUUGAGACGUCAAUAAUGAGACUCGCUCGAGGAAGUGGAAUAGACGGAUUGGCUGCAAUGAAUAUGAUGGCGAGGAUUCCGGUGGUGAAAAGUAUCGAAGCGAUAGGGAUUCGGGUUUGUAGGCCUUUUAUUGGAGUCGAAAAGGUUCGAUUAAAGCACACCUGCAUAUCCGCCAAGGUAAAGUGGUUUGAAGAUCCGACCAACAGUUCCCACAAACAUAAAAGAAAUGCAGUCAGGUCGGCUCUAAAAUUGUUUAACGAUAGUUGCCAAGAUGGUAAUGAGGAUUACAAACCAUUGUCAACUGAAAAACUAGCAGAAUUUUUAUUUCAUAUGAGAACACACAAAGAUGCCAUUGAUUUACAAGUUGCCAAAAUUCUCUCUUCUGAUUGCACACAUUUUGACUCUCAAACUGGAAUGGUUCUGCUGUGUAUUCCGGAAUCGUCGGCAUCUCUGAAAUCACAUUGGUUCAUGGAAGGUUAUAUUGCCAAGAGAGUGUUAGGAAAUAUUAUAAAAUGGGUGAGAUGUAGUGAUCAUGGUCCACGACUAAAGGAUGUAGAGAAAAUCUAUGGAGAAAUUAAGAGGAGCGUAUUUAAUGGCACGAAUAUAGAAUUUGAAAAGAGGAGGGAAGAAAAAGAUUCCAGGAAAAAUGAUGAUAUAAUUAACAAUUGUAUUAGCGUGCAUUCUACACACGCGCCCUUGCACCUCCCUACGGUCCAUGGAGUAACUACAACUCUUUUCAAAGCUGGGCAAUUUCCGUUGCAUCCGCAUUAUCCGUCUACCACACAAACGCAGACUAUUCUCUUGUCCCGCCAACGGCCCACGACCCGCUCUUUACUAUUUACCCCGGUUGCUCUUCAACCUCUUCACACCAAUCUUUAUGAUGACCGAUUUUUCAUUUCUCUCUUGUCAAGCUACAAAACAGACUUGUUCGUCGGGGCAUUCAGAACCGAGGAUGAGAAACAGAUCAAGCAGUGGGGUGAGCAGGAAUGGAGAAAAGCGAAAAGGAAAACAAGGGGGGUCAUGUGCGUUCCACUAAUAUAUGGCAGAGUUCGGAAAGAAAGAUCAAGAAACGACGCUAAUUGGCUUGACAAUAAGGCCCUUUAUGCACAUCAAGAACACGAGUCGUCUUUCAGCCAUGAUGCAAAUGUUCAUCAAAAAGACUAUUGUUAUUCAUACCAGGUUUUGGCUGUUCCUUCCUUAGGAAUUGGUGUAGAUCAAGAGGUUAAACAGAAAAUUAAAAUUUGGUAUCGGGGAGACAUACUCGUCGAUUUGGAAUGUGGACGAAAAUGA